CGCGUAACUUGUCGUUUUUAAACGUUAGUUUUUAGAUUUGGUCAUUUAAAGCUAACAAAAAUAUUUUUAUUUUACAAAAUAAUAGUUUUUAAUUUUACUGGUUUCAAAUUAAUUUAUAUUUAUUUUUUAGAAUACUACAGUGAACUGAAUGAACACUGUGAACUGUGAAGUGAACAGAACAGUGGUCUAAAUAUUUUUUUAUCAUAAAUUUAUUUAAAAAACUGAAAUACAAGUUUAUUUAAUUAAUUUAUUUAUUGUUAUUCGUACUGGAAAUUCCAUUGACGAAUUUAGUGUAACUGUCAAGACAAAAAUAGAAACUUGAAUGGCGAUACCUGUGAAUGAGGGCAUUCGAGUGAUGAACUUGGAACAGGACAUAGAUGAAGUUAGCAGGGAGGUUGUGCCAGCAUCUUGGGACCUUUAUGAAAUGAUUCAAGCUUUUCUGCAGGCUCCCAGCUACCAUGUGUAUUUUGAAAUUCUUCUCAUAGCCUGGAUAGCUCGACUUGUUUUAUUUACAAAAAGUUACAAACCAAGUAGAACUGUCUUGACCGAAAAGGAGAAGGAAGAGUUAAUAGAUGAGUGGCAGCCAGAAGCACUGGUGCCCGAUGUAGAUGAGGACCACCCACUGCUUCAGAACAUCAACAACAGAUUAAUUCAUGGAAAAAUUGGAAAAUAUGUGAAGAUAAAUGACAAAGAAUGUUUGAACAUGGCCUCCAUGAAUUUUCUUUCUAUGUCGGCCAGGAAAGAUAUUGAGGAAUCUGCAGUGAAAUCAUUGAGGAAGUAUGGUGUUGGUUCAUGCGGUCCGCGUGGUUUCUAUGGAACUGUUGAUGUGCACUUGAAGUUGGAAGAGAAAUUGGAGAAGUUCAUGAGAUGUGAGGAGGCCAUCAUAUACUCGUACGGGUUCGCCACUAUUGCCAGUGCCAUCCCUGCCUACUCGAAACGGGGGGAUAUCAUAUUUGCAGAUGAGGGUGUGCACUUUGCCAUCCAGAAGGGCAUACAAGCCAGUAGGAGCAAGGCCGUCUUUUUCAAGCACAAUGACCUUGCUGACCUUGAGAGGCUACUUCAAAUUCAACAGGAAGAAGAUAGGAGGAACCCAAAAAAGGCCAAAGUGACGCGAAGGUUCAUGGUCAUAGAAGGCCUCUACCUCAACUAUGGUGAUCUUUGCCCACUCCCUCAACUGAUUGAACUUCGAAACAAGUACAAAGUGCGCAUAUUCCUCGACGAGACGGUUUCAUUUGGAACCCUUGGUGCCACUGGCAGGGGGGUCACUGAACAUUAUAACGUUGAUAUGAACGAGAUAGAUCUGAUGGCUGGCAGUUUGGAGUACGCCCUGGCGUCCGUUGGUGGCUUCUGCUGUGGCAAGGCGUACGUCAUCGAUCAUCAGAGGCUAUCAGGGCUUGGUUAUUGUUUCUCCGCGUCGUGUCCUCCAAUGCUUGCCCAAUCGGCCAUCACUGCACUGGAAAUUCUGGAAGAUAAACCUGAAAUGUUAGAGAAGUUGAGAAAAAUCUGUCAGCAUGCUCAUGAAGAACUAAACAAAUUGGAAGGUGUUCGCAUUGGAGGCAGUGACAUCUCGCCGAUAUUACACAUGUACAUCAGCAAGAGCAUCAGCAGGGAACAGGACAGCAUUCUUCUCAGAAAAAUUGUUCAAAUGGCAGAAGAAAAAAAUUUAGCUCUGACGAUGGCCGCAUAUUUGGAUGAGGAAAUAUUCAUGCCCCAACCUAGCAUUCGAAUACCAAUCAGUGUCGAAAUGGAUUAUGGAGACAUUGACGAAGCAGUUAACAUUCUGAAACCCAUCCUCAAGGCCCUUCUAUAAUUUAUGUUGAUUUCUUAGGUACAUUUUAUAAUUUAUGUUAAUUCCUGGCUACUUUUCGAUGACGUCUGUCACUUUUUAUGCGGAUAUAAUUAAUAUAUAAACUAUAAAUGAUGGUAUGAUGUUGAUUAAUUCUUUCCUGAGAUGUUCAAAUCAUGUUUUUUAUUUCCAUUGUAUGCUUCAUGUUCCAUUCAUGUCCUGUUCAGAAUUGUAUGUAUGUUUAUUUAAUUUAUAUUUAUUAGUUAAUUUUGGCUUUUGUAAAAUUCUUUGGAUUAAAUAAAUUUUCUUAUUGA